AUGCUGUACGAGUUUAUGAAAGCAUGGAAAAUAGCGCAGUCAUUUCGAGAUCUCAACGAGCUUUUUCAUGAAGGCAAAAUCAGCAAAAAUCGAUGCAGGGAAUGGUUUGUCCGUUUCAAAUUUGGCGACACUAGCUUGGACGAUAGGCCAGGGAGAGGUCAACCAUCGAAAUUCGAUGACCAGGGACUUUUGACAGCAGUGGAAGGAGACGAAAGCUUGGCAAAUCGAAUGCUGGCCGACAACUUCAAUGUGGACCAUUCAGCCAUCGUUCGUCGUCUCAAAAGUCUUAAAAAGGUAUGGAAAUUGGCUGGAUGGUUCCUCCACGAACUCGGUGUCAACAAUAAAGCCGAACGUGUCCAAAAUUUUCACCUAUUUGCUUCAACGAAACGAGCGGUGUCCGUUUCUGAUGAUUAUAACAAAAUAUCCAAAGACGAAAUUUUUUGA